AUGUCCUGGUCUUCAAGCAGUUGCCAUUCAGCCGGCAAAAAUCAUGCGAGCACGAAUAGUCGCAGGACCAACACAACCUUCAGUCCAACAACUGUCUCCUCGGCGGUGCAGGCCGUCAGUUUAACCCAAGAGGUCGGAACCACUGAUUCGAUCGAAGCCCAAAGGCUCACGCCUCGCGAAUGCACCCUAACAAGCCCCCUAGACAUUCGACCUCCAUGUCCGAUAGUCUACUACCAGCCACAGUGGCAAUGUUCGACCGGAUGCCCCAUUCAGGUGCCUCCACACACCGUCUUCUGUUGUCGUAGAGUCUGCAACAGGCUGUCCUGUGGGAAUUCGGGUCUACCCGUGAACACAGUAAACUGCUCGCCCGCUCACCUGGUUGCUAACGGACAGGAGAGAAAUGAGAAGGACAACUGUGAACGCCAUUCUCGUCGCCCACUUACCUUUAAGAAUCAAAAGAAACCGUCAGAAGAGGGUAGAAAACUGCCCCGCACCGCGAACGCAAGUGACUCCAGCAAAAUUCCUCCGGCAAAAUCCUCACCUAAGCUGUCGGUGAAACGGACAGGCAGUCAGCAACCCCUCAAGUCCAGAAGCCAGCCGAAAGUGAAAAUCGGAAAGGACGAAUUGCUUGACGCUAAAAGGCAAGAUGGUCGGUCCGUUAGGACCACACAAGAAAGAUCUUACCUCGCGAGGACCCGUAAUGCUGCACAAGGGUCGGGAUCUCUUAGGGGAAGCGUCCGCCCAAAGGAGACCUUUAAAAAUCUCUCGGAUCUUAAAGGUCUAACCAGGUCUGAGCAGAGCCUGCAUGCAGGUAGAUCGUCACGGGAUGAGAAAAGGGAUAGGAAGUUACAGCUACCUGAGCAAACUUCAGCUGCCCCCGUGGACGACGGAGCAAAACAAAGAGCACAAAACUCACUUCACAAGGACGAAGAAGAAGUCCCCUUGGGAAACCAAGCUGCCGUUUGGACUGCUAAUAAACCAGAAGACCACGAUGAAGUGGGAGAGAUGGAGCAAUACGAAGUCACUGACGACGACAAAAAAGGAGAAGAAGCUGACGUCGAAUAUGAAAACGAAGAAGGCGUUGCAAAGGAUAAUUUGGUGAAAUUAGGAAGUCCUACCUCUGAUUACGAUCCGCCUGGGAAGAUCCACGUAGAGAUUGUACCCUCACCCGAAGAAAACAACCCAGUCGAGGGUCACAGGAGCUCUCAGGAGGGUGAAACAUUGGAAGGAAUUACCGUUGCAUUUAGAGACUCAAAUUCUAUUGCCCUGCUUUCCGAGACGACGGAAUUAGACGAUCUUACUGCCUUCGAGGAGCUGAUGGACAAGUCCGUCAUCUUGAGUGAAGACAGUAAGAUAGACAGCCACGCAUUGUCAGUUAAGAGUGAGAAGUCGACUGACAUUGACGCAGUUAGGCGACGGAUGACACAUAGUCGCAGUUCAGAUGAGGCUGGAUCCAGAAAUAUGUCUUCGACGGCAUCGGGCCUGUCUGAACGGGCCACAACCGCCUGUCAUCUUCUUCGACAAAGGGUUAACGAUGUAUACCAUAUGACGACAAAGGCGACCUCAGUAAAUCUCCGGGAAUCGGCAAGUCAUCUCGUUUCUUUUGUACAGAAUCAGGCGAGGGCUCAUCGUGCUACAGUAACAAGUACUCCAGAGAGAGGGAAUCAAAAAACGGCCUCCACAAUUUCGCACGGCAUAACUGCCCGAAAAGACAGUAAGAAAAUCAAAGACACAACCGGACGACGGAAGUCUCACAGUUACGGCACAUCAAUGGCGUCAAUGGAAACCUGCGAAGAAAUGGUGAAAAUUGAAAAAUUGAAACCCAGAUCUUCAGCCGAUAAACCACAGGAGAUGGACACACGGGAACAGGAAUCUGUGCGUUCUCUGUCUGGAUCAGGUUUGUCAGCUCGAAGUUAUAGCCAUCCAGGUGAAGCACGUACAACCUCGAAAGUGCAAGCUCCAAGUCCUGUUGCUGCAAGAGGAGGGGCUGAAGCAUCUGUGGAAAGGAUGACGUCUUACAAGAGUCUGCCAAGGGUAGCAUCCACAGGCUCGGAUAAGAAGUCACAGGCUGAGCGAACUUCAAGGGAAGUGGAGAAGUCAUCGAUGACAAAGUCACAGGGCUUCGGUUCCUUCAGGAAAGCACCCAAAUCUUCAGCCGAUAAACCACAGGAGAUGGACACACGGGAACAGGAAUCUGUGCGUUCUCUGUCUGGAUCAGGUUUGUCAGCUCGAAGUUAUAGCCACCCAGGUGAAGGACGUACAACCUCGAAAGUGCAAGCUCCAGGUCCUGUUGCUGCAAGAGGAGGGGCUGAAGCAUCUGUGGAAAGGAUGACGUCUUACAAGAGUCUGCCAAGGGUAGCAUCCACAGGCUCGGAUAAGAAGUCACAGGCUGAGCGAACUUCAAGGGAAGUGGAGAAGUCAUCGAUGACAAAGUCACAGGGCUUCGGUUCGUUCAGGAAAGCACCCAGAUCUUCAGCCGAUAAACCACAGGAGAUGGACUCAACUGAAUCUGCCAAAGGUCUUUUUGUCCAGCGUGUGCAACAAUCUGUGCAAUCCGUCAAGCGAAUGCCAUCGGCAGCCGGUCUGUCUGGAAAAAGUUCACUGCGCCUGAAUGAGGUUUCGAGACCGGUGGACAGUAGUCGCUCUCUUGAGUCCACCAAGCGGUCGUCGGAUAAAAGCAAUUUUCCUACUCCACCACGCGAUUCAUCAAGAAAAGUCCAGUCUAAUAAGGCGUCGACUGUUGCGCAGAAGCCGUCAUUUAGUAAGGCACGUCAUCAGGACCUUCCACCGGAGUCGUCUUCCUCUGUGUUAAAGAAGCCGCUUAUUCGCACUCCUUCAAGUGGGGCUGCCAAGUCGUCCACCAAAAAAUCACAAGGUUUCAGUCUUUUGAGCUUCUCACGAAGGCCUCAGACGGAUGCUUCACAGCUGGGAGGACCUGGGACGCCUAAAAAUGCCUCUGUGAGUCGUGAGGAGCCCUCUGUACGAGGAAGAGAUCGAACCAAAGGCAAACAACAGCCGACACCAUCAUCUAGGUCUCCGAAGUCGUCCUUGUCUUCUGAUCCGGUUAGCCAGAGCAGAAGUACCACACGGAGUAGCAGUCCCGCAAGAACCUCCGGAAGUCAGAGUGAAUCCUCUGCACGAGGCAGCAGGACUCCCGCACAGGCCAAAAAACCCCCAGCGCCCUCUGUAAGACGUCCGAAGUCUUCUUCCUCGCUUUCUGCGUCGAGGGAUUACAGUGGGCCGGCACAGAGCAACAGCCCAGCGACAAAAGUCUCUGCGACUGCGAGACGAGGAUUGCGCAGUUUAAGCAGUGGGUCUUUGUCGACGGAACAAAUUGCAGAUGUCUGCUCACCCCUCGUAAAAAGGGUUAGAUCAAAUGUCGAGAAGGUGUCCAUGCGCCUGCGGAAGUCUAUUCGACACCUGGGGGUGACUCUACAGCAUACGUUUGGUGACCAACCAAUAUGGAAGGACCGGAAUCGUACUCGUUCAGGUGGAGCUCCUAAACCCUCACCCAAAAAAUCCAAUAUCGAUAAACCCUCCGGUAGAAAGCUCACGACUUCCCCAAUAAAGACAUCAAGUCUCAGCUCUCAAAGAGGGUCUUCUGAGGUCAGUGAUCGUGACCAGCCGCCCGUAAAGGGGAGGAAGCCCGUACAAUCCAAAGUGGCGCAUCCGACGUCUGUGACUUCCAACUUGGAGGACAGGACACAGUCUGAGGACCACGAUUCGAAGCGAGUGGCACCACACAGCGGCAGCGAUCGGGUUCAAGAAAAGCGACCUACAGCUCCGUCUUCUGUGAGCUCCAACCUCAUGAAUAUGCUCAAGAAGCGGUGGACGUCGCUCAGCUUUGGUGGCGCCCAAAAGACUCCUCAUGUGCGUGAUCGGACUAGAAGCCACAGCAUACAACGAGAGCUGGUAAUUCGACUGGUACGACUGACACGAAGCUUGAGUGUGAGAAUGAGGGAUUUGAGGCAGAAAGCCACUCCUCUAACUCAACGGAUUGGUCGUAGUGGCAAGCGCUACGCUACCCAGGCAGCCAUUAGGGUCUAUGAACUACGCGCUCUCUACCCACCGCUCAGAGCUAGGGUCGUGAGCACAGUUGAACAGAUGAAAACCAUGGCACGUGCAUCCAGUGAGAAAGCGCCCAACGUCGUACAGUCCUGCAUUCUUCGGAGCAGGGUGCGGGUUCUGAAACUUCGGGGCAGUUCUGAGGAGGUGUUUGCGCGUACGCGUGCGAAACUUGAGCGGAUUGAGGACCCAAUUUCAAGGCAGGUUAGUCGAGAGGAGUUUGAUGAACUCCAGCAGACCGUUAAACACAUACACAGGGAAGUUCAUUUGGAGUGUGAGCAGAUUAAGUCCCUUCUUCGUCGCUCCAGAGCGAUGCGAAAGAAGGCGGUUGUUAAGGAGAGCGUGCGAGAGGCCCCCAAAACGAAAGACACGCCAGCACCGGUGCCGGAGUCUGAUAAUGACUUUGUCACACGCGAGGAGUUUAAUAACCUGGAGAAUGGACUUAAAACCCUAUCCAGGAGGAUUCACGAGGAGAGCGGAAACAUCAGAAUGCUCCUUGGUGAGGCCUUGAAACGCAGAAACAAAACAUCAGCUAGGUGGAAAUCGGUAGCCCUCGGCGAGACGAAGUACGGCGACCACGAUGACGGAAAGGAGGAGGCGGCUGGAGCCUCACCAUCGGAGGGGCCGGUAGUUACCCGAGAAGAAUUUGACGAGUUGGCCCUAACACUUAGCGACCUAUCCAGGAGAGUUCGUGGGGAAAACAAGGCUUUUAAAUCAGCUCUCUCACGAUAUUUAGCGAGCAGAAAUAGAAUGCCCCCUGGAGAUGUAUGGAGCACCCAACAGGAAGAAACGAUGGAGGAGUCGGGGGCUGAGAUGCUUGCCAAAGACGAUUUCUCCCAGAUGCAGGCUACGCUUCAUGUCCUGACCAAGAGGAUACGACAAGAGAGCGGCAACAUAAAGCUACUGUUGGGUGAGACCCUAGUACGGCAAAAAGCGCUCAUACCCUGA